AUGAUGAUAGAAUCGAACCCAUCUACCGAGGAAAUAGGUACCGAUACCAGCAGGAGGACUCCAUCGUCAACUCAUAUCAGCGCCCCGGCUAAAAUCUUGGGUCUAGCCUUGGUGGCCUCACUCUUCACCCUCCAAUUUUUGCAAAGAGAUUUUGGGGUUUCUCGCAUUGCCACCACAGAUGAAACGUUGCCUGCAUUGCACCACAACGAGUUUCACUUGGCAUCCUAUCAAAGCUAUGGAUUCUUUGACGACAUUUCAUCCAAAGAUUGGAAGCUAUACAAACAACGGUUCCAAACUCAUCAUGACCAUCCGGAUGAGAAACGGCCAAAUCCCAGGCCAAACAUCAUGCCAGCAGUCUACUAUAUGAAUAACUAUGAUCCUCUCUUUACUUGUCCCCAUCCACGAAGGGUGGGUGGACAAGGUGAUGGCCCAAAGUGGACCUGUGAUCCCCAUCGACUGGAACGUGUGGCAAGAGAACGAAAAGAAAAGACUCAAGGAGGGCUACGGUCAAACAGUAAGGAACAAACAAAUUGCCUGAUCUAUUCUGUUGGAUCUGCAGGAAAGUACGAAUGGGAGGAAGCCUUGGCCAAGUCCUUUAUGAAAGAAGGACAGACGACUCAACAAAGCACUUGUGAAAUCCAUGUGUUUGAUUUCAGUAAAAACUACACGAAAGAAGGCCAUGCCAGCGAGCUCAACAUUCAUUUUCAUCAGUGGGGUCUGAAAAGCAGCUAUGAUGACAGCUUGCUUGAUGCCUGGAGGGUCAAACAAAGGGAUCGACUCUUUACACUUCCGGAAAUCAUGGAGAAGCUGGGUCACACUGGCUACACUAUUGACAUUCUCAAGAUUGAUUGUGAAUUCUGUGAAUGGUUCACCUAUGAGGAUUGGUUGAAACCCGAGUUGGACAUUCGACAGUUGCUCCUGGAAGUGCACAAUCUUCCAACAUCGCUACCAGACCCUCAGAAGAACAAAGGCGGACGGUACUUUCCGGUUUCCAUGUCACUCUCUCCCAAUAAAUUCUUUGAUGGCCUUGAAAAGGCAGGCUUUGCAAUGUUCAGCAAAGAGCCCAACAUUCAUCCACUGGCACAGGGAAACGGGGUUGAGUUUGCCUACAUUAAGCUACACCCAGAUUUCUUUAAAGCUGAGGAAGCUGUUGAGUAA